UCUAUUAAGCGCAGCCACUUAUACAGUGCACCGGCACAUAGGUAAGACCAGAGCCCUGAUAGUCCGCUCAUCCCGGGAAGAGGGCAGCAGAAACUGACGCGCAGAGCAUAAAACCUCCGGUGCGCACACACACCCAGACGAGACUCAGAAGGGACAGUUGGAGCAUUUUGGAAGCAAGACGCGCACCGAGCACACUUGGACCUGACAGUACACCUAUUAAUCCCCAAAAUACCUGCAGUCUAAAAUGGAGCGAAAAAUCCCUGAUUUCGCCGGCACUUGGGAGAUGAAGACUUCUGAAAACUUCGAGGAACUCUUAAAAAAGUUGGGUGUGAACAUGAUGCUGCGUAUGAUUGCGGUGAAGGCAGCCUCUAAGCCCCUGGUGGAGAUCACGCAGAACGGAGAGACGCUGUCCAUUAAAACCUCCACCACCGUCCGCACCACCCACAUUACUUUCACUGUGGGGCAGGAGUUCAAUGAGAUCACUGUGGACGGACGCCCCUGCACGAGUCAUCCACGCUGGGAAACCAACAGUAAGAUCAGCUGUGAGCAGACUCUGCAGAAAGGAGAAGGACCUAAAACAUCCUGGACCCGAGAGAUCACCAAUGACGGCAAACUGAUCCUGACCAUGGGAGCAGACGAUGUGAUAUGCAGCAGAGUCUACGAGCGGCAAUGAACAAGAGCACUUCUCACUUUUUGUCCUUCCAGCCCCCCCUCUCCUGCAUCACCACUUGCAUCCCAACUCACCCUUUGGGAGAUAGCAGUCUCUAGUUAUUCCAGUAUCUCUGUUAUCUUCACUAUGUAAUUCAUGUGGUAACUGUAUCUAGUAUUUCACAUAUCUACACAAUGGUCUUAGCUCCUGAGUUAUCCCGCUGUCUCUCCAGCUCCAGCAAACGUGACCAGCUGGGUUUUAAACACGAAAAUAUGAUAGAUUUGUUGAUUGACAGCUCAUUUAUUUGGCAUUGUGUGCGUGUGUGUGUGUGUGUGUGUGUGUGUGUGUGUGUGUGUGUGUGUGUGUGUGUGUGUGUGUGUGUGUGUGUGUGUGUGUGUGUGUGUGUGUGUGUGUGUGUGUGUGACUAUAUUUGUCGAUGUGUAAACCAAUCUUUGAGCUCUUACAGUUUCAGGUCAGUUUUGAUGUGCUCCUUCCUCUCUUUUCCUUUAGCCCUGCUCCACAAAUGUAACCUUUUCUAUCUCAUGACGACAUUUUAUAUUUAUUACUACACUAGGAGUCUGAUACAGUACUGCUAAAGUUUUUACUCUGUCUCUUUUUUAUGAAAUGUGAUCCUAGGAAACAACACUUUCUAUGGAAAAACAAUAAAGCACGAUAUUAACUCA